GACAGUCACAAUCAGCUGUAGCAGUCACACAUCGCGCAUGCGUCGACAUAUGAUGCUCCGCUGAACGACUACAUUCACACAAAAAAAAACUUUUGGUCAUGGUGAUUUGCAAUCUUUGUUUGAUAACGAAUUGUUGUUCCGUAAACCCAAGAAUAUAAUCCAGAAUUAUUCUCGUGACGAGCUGUUGUAUCAACAUGUGAAUUCUACGAAACUACGCCUUUCGAAUCAGGCAAGGCGAUGACUCUGAAAAUUUGAUCGUUAACAAGGUUUUUACAGCGGCCGCUGAUUUCAUAUAAUCUGUCACCCUCAACUGUCAACUAUCAAGCCUCCACUCAUCUUUAUGAAAAAUAUUUGUUUCUCAGAUGUAAAUUAAACUCUUUUCGAAUGAAUUAAUAAUUGUUGAACACAAUCAUGAAAGUAAAACCUGUGAGUUUUGUUAAAUGAAAUUCGAAGAAACUCUCUGUAUUAAUUGACCGAAUAAGAUUAGGCAUGCACUUCAUGCAUCCUGCACUGCCACUUUUUGCAAUUUUUUUCGGAUAAGCAUAUCGUAAUCUUUGCAUUGCGCCAUCAUGAGUGAAGAGUUCAGGAAAAUAGUAACCAGAUUCCAUCCUAUUCACGGUGAGAAUAUUCUCCUGUGUGAGGAUAGCACAGUGGCAAUACGUACUACGAGUUUUGCCAAUUCAGUGGCUUUCAGUGAGAAGCCAUUGCAACCAGGAGAAAUCUUUCUCGUGGAAAUUGAAAAGACAGAGAGAGGAUGGAGUGGACAUAUGCGAUUAGGACUUACACUAAUUGAUCCUGCUUCAGUCAACAACAAUCUACCACAGUAUGCGAUGCCUAAUCUAGUUAGAUUAGGCAACACAUGGAUUCUUGCUAUAACUAGAAAUCAGACUAUCUGGGAUAACUUUGAUGGUGGUCUCUCAUCUACAUAUACUACCCUUACUGGUAUACCACCAGGGAUACCAGCCAGAGAAAAGAAAUUGGUCACAGAUGGAGUCAAUGUGCAAACGUCACGUGGCGUUAUUCCAUUCAAUGCUCUGAAACCAAACAUAGAUGGUUCCUCACAGUGCAUCUUGCCCACAGACGUUGGUAGUCGAAUUGGUAUCAUGUACGUACCACAAGCUGGUUGUCCUGAUAAGGCAGAGAUGCAUUUCAUCAUUAAUGGUGAAGAUCAAGGUGUAUGUGGAAAGGAUAUUCCCUACAAAGCAGGACCUUUGCGUGCAGUGGUGGAUGUCUAUGGCACCACGAAACAAGUACGAAUAGUUCAACUGUAUGGGGUAGUAUCAACGUUACAGAGCGCGUGCCGUGAUGCUAUACUGCAAUAUACCAAGAGGAACGCGGUUAAUCUGCUUCCAUUACCCAGACUAUUAAAGGACUAUCUGUUAUAUCAAUCGCAGUAAAAAUCAGCUCACAUUCCAUUUAUACAUACGUUUUUAUACAUAUUUACGAAACAUUUUCUGUUAAAUUCUUUUUCUCAAUGAUAUCACAUAACAUAUCUCUAAUGUUUAAUAUGUAUAUGUUUAUACAUAUAUAUAUAUGUGUGUGUAUAUAUACAUGUUCUAAAUCUUAAGUACAUGUUUUGUUUAUAUUGAAAGUAGCCGUUUAUUUAUCAUUUAAUGCAAAUUACUCUUUUAAUUUCUAAAUUUUUCUCUCUUUAAAAUUGUAAUAUUAAAUUAUUGUGUGUACAUAAUGUGUAAUGAAAUGUUUAUUGCUGCAUCGAGGAUAUCAGCAAAAUUGCAUUGAAAGUUUAAUUGUAAGUAUCAUUUGGACGUAACCAUGUUUAUUGGGUAUAAUAUAAUGCUAUACAUAAAAUUUAAA